UUGCUAGUCGCUUCUGUCUGGGUACCAGCCCCCUAUUACUCUGCAGGCGUGUGAACGGAGAAGGAAACUAGGUCGGAUCGUGCAGGUUUGUAGAUCUAUUCGGUCUGUAGAUUGCGGCUGAAGUGUCAACCAGAGAAGGUUGCCUUGGUGGGAAGCUUGCAGGUCGGCAUAAAGUUCUCCAUUGCUGCUUACCUGUGCUUCCGUUUGUCCUGCCAGCCCCUGUGCACAGAUCACUGUGGAGGAAACACAGACACCAGGAGACAAGGACAGGAAGCAUCGACUUGAGUUUGGCAAAGAUUUUCCCCAAGAGAACCGAAGAGCCUGGAAGAGGUUGAAGACUUCCAUGCUCCAACGUUACACAUUCUCAAUAUUCUUUAGUCAGGUGCACCACGGCCCUUUCCUGUCCUGUCCUGAGGCUGGCAUAGUUUUAAACAUGGGACGGGCCCGGGAAGUGGGGUGGAUGGCUGCAGGACUGAUGAUUGGGGCUGGUGCCUGCUACUGUGUUUACAAAUUGACCAUAGGAAGAGAUGAAAGUGACAAUUCAGAGGAGGAAGAGGAGCAGGAAUGGGAGGAUGAUCAGGAUACUGAUGAGGAGGACCCCGAGAGUUGGUUUGAUUUCACAGCCAUGGCUCGGCCUUGGAGUGAGCAUGGGCAGUGGAAUGAACCUGGGGCCCCAGAUGGCACAGAGGACAGACAUUCUGGGGGAGGCAAAGCCAACCGAGCACACCCGACAAAACAGAGGCCAUUCCCCUAUGAACAUAAAAAUACAUGGAGUGCACGAAGCUGUAAAAAUGCCAGCGGUGUUGCCCACUGCUCCAAGUGUCCUUUCUUUCAGGCAAAGAGUGGAUCCAAGCAUUCUGCUUAUGCCCUUAGCUACUGCAUGAAUAGUGCUUUGGGCAACCUCUCAAUGGGUGGAAACGCCAUCCCCACUCCCAUCCUCAGGGAGGAGGAACAGGCUUUGUGGGUGCUGGAAAGCUCCAGUGGCAGUGUGCGAAGUCAGGGCCAGAGAAAGAUAUCCAUGGGUGAAGUGUGUCGGGAGGCUGUGUCCCGUGGCUGCUGCGCGAUGCUGCAGCAGGCUGGAUUAGAUUUGCUAAUAAGCAUGGCAGUUAUUAACGGCAUGAUUGCCAAGUGCGUUUCAGACUUGGAGUUUCCUUUGAUAGCUGAGGGAAGUGGACGUGCAGAGGUUCAGAUUUCGAGAGUGCCGCUGCCUUUGUCUGCAAAGCCAGCACUGGUGGGAGAAGUGUUCAGUGUUCAGGCGCUGCUCUCAUUCAUGUCCGUCUUAGGCAACAGUCCCCACACGGGGCUGCUCCUGCAAAGCCCUGUCCUUUAGAUGGCCAUCUCAGGCGGGAUGGGACUGGAUGCAUCUGGAACCCUCAGAAGAGCUGCAGUGGGUGCUGCCCCCGGGAAGGCAGCCUCAGCCAGACACCACGCCUUUUGGGCAAGUGCUGCAGUGGCUCCCUGGACCACCACACUCUCACUGGCCGGGCAGGGCCCCUCACAGUGCCUGGACUAACUGCUUGGUUUCUUAGUCUGCAGGCAACCUGCACUGCCAAGUCCCCCCUCUCAGCCCUCUUGGUAUGCUAAAGGAAGGGCUCCUUUUGGCUACCAGCUGUGGAGAAGGGACAUCCACUUCCAGCAGCAGUGUUCUCCCUGCCUAAGCGGGCUGCUGUGCAGAGACCCCACGUGUCUGUUCACUUGUGCUCAAAGUGCAUUUCUGACCGCGUGGCUGAAUCAGUUACCUUUCCUAUUUCUUCUACCUGAGUGUGCGGAUGGGAAACCUGCCCACCGCAAGACUUCCCUUCCCUUCCAGCCACCAAAGUGACCCACCCUCCCCCACCUGCGUCUGCAUCUGUGUACCAUCAAUAAAGUUGUAUGCUUUAG